AUGGCCAACCGCAUCACUUCAGCGGAUGCGUGCUCCGUGGUAUCCAGCAUUCCAUCAAAUGGUUCUUCGAGAUGCAGCGAUUUCACAGACCACAAACGAGCCACAGCAGUAAAGACGACCGUCAGCCGCAACAAAGCCAGCGGUUGUGCCGUCCAGAUGAAUGGUCCGGUCGCGGGCACGAUCAACAACAAUAACUUUACCUUCAAGAAAUUAAUCAUCAACUGCUCGUGCGGCUUGAAUUCAAGGAGUGCUUCCCACAAAGAAACGGCGCGGUCGCUACCUAGCAGUGCACUCAAGACUGUCCCUCCGCGAGAAGAGCCGAAAGUGUCUAUCGUGGAGAUUCCGGGUGGUAACCAAAACCUGCCACAUAUUCCUGCACAAACUCUGGGCAUCAAAUCAUCAAGUGGAAGACCCCAGGGAGUGCGCGCCACGUUCCAGGCCGGCGUCCCUGACAAUUUCAUUGCGCACAGGAUUGUCAACCGUUUGGAGCUCUCGGCCCGCAGCGACCCGUCGUUGGUAAAGGUGCUCUUUUGGGGUGGAACGCCUCUUCCCUCGACAAACGACUUUGUCGAUCUCGCUUGCUACAAAGACGACAGCGACGAGUGCACUGUAUACCGCCUCUACGUCAUCAAAAAAUGCCCAUUCGACCUGCUGUUCGGCGUUACCUCCAUCGAUUCUCCUCAGUGA